AUGGCUGAAAGAUGUCAACAAGAAACAUCAGAUAAGCAUCAAACACGAUUCCGUACUCAGCAAUCACGCGAUUAUAAUCGCUUUGCAUUCCGGUAUAACCCAGCUGAUGAUUAUAGUUUGAGCCGGCAAUGUUCUUAUCGGUAUGUUAUGGGUAAGUCUAAAAGUUGGAAUUAUUCCGGGUAUGUUAUGGGUAAGUCUAAAAGUCGGAAUUAUUCCGGGUAUGUUAUGGGUAAGUCUAAAAGUCGGAAUGAUUACCCUGGAUUUGUUAUGGAUAAGUCUAAAAGUCCUUAUUGCUUGAUUAAUGAAAACUGUUAG